GGUGAGUGUUUGAGCCCUGUAACAAACAUGGCAGCUGCAGUCAGAAUGCGGACGUGGAGCUGUCCAACCAGUGGAGUUUUCUGUCCAUGGCUGGUCUUUUUUGUAGUUUUUAUCAAUACUGUAAAUGAAGCUGAUGCCGUGCCAGAGACGGGGCAAUGGAAAAUCACAGUUGUUAAUACCUCAAGGCCACUUCUGUUCAGGAAAUCCAUGUUUAAAGGCACUGACAUCGAAUUGCAAGUUUCGUCUUCUGGUUGUCCAGAGGGAGUGACUUUUACUAUCCACUGGCUUUUAAAAUAUUACCCCUGCUACAAUGAAUUCAACAAUGUUGAAGAGAUGUAUGAAAGGACACCUCUUAGCCGUGGGGAGAGUCUGGAUCCAAAUCCCCUUGGACAAGGAGAGUACAUCGAACACAUACACAGCCCAGUAACAUGUAACUGUGAUCCUCACUCUUGUUCAAUGCUCAAAAAAGCCAAAGCAGAGCCACGUCGCUCCGGUCCCCCUGUUGAGAAUGAAGCCUUUGAUGUAAAUCACACCAAAUGGAUUACUGAGGAGUAUGAUAUGAAGAACAAUAGUAUUAUCAUCAAAGAGAACGUCAUUGCCACCACAUGGAGGGAUGGGCCCUAUCUGCUCAUUGUUAAGAUUGUAUCUAGUAAAGAGGAGGCCAAAUGGAAUUUAACAGUUAAUGUGGAGAUGAAAGGCAACCGCGGCUACCUUUCUGUCACAGAUUGGCCUCUGAAGAUUUUCUACAUGGUAAUGUGCGUAGUGUACAUCCUGUACGCCCUGCUGUGGUUUAUCUGGGCAGCCUGCUACUGGAAAGAUCUGCUGAGGAUCCAGUUCUGGAUAGCGGGCGUCAUAUUCCUUGGGAUGGUGGAGAAGGCGGUGUUCUGUGCCGAGUAUGAAAACACUAAUAACGUAGGCAAUGCUUCUCCAGGCUUGUUGAUUUUUGCCGAGUUAGUCUCCGCCCUCAAAAGGACUUUGGCUCGAUUGCUUGUCAUCAUCGUCAGUCUAGGCUAUGGUAUUGUAAAGCCUCGACUAGGAACUGUGAUGCACAGAGUUGUGGGACUCGGUGUCCUCUACUUUGCCUUCGCUAGCAUUGAAGGUGUCCUCAGGAUUAUAGGGGCAAAAGACUCUGAUUUGGCCCUGUUGGCCAACAUUCCCCUGGCUCUGCUUGACUCCUCUUUAUGCUGGUGGAUCUUUGUCAGCCUCGCACAAACCAUCAAGACUCUGAAGCUGAGGAGAAACCCUGUAAAGUUGUCUCUCUACAGGCAUUUUACAAACACGUUAAUAUUUGCUGUCAUCGCUUCUAUCAUUUUUCUGGGUUGGACAACGAAAAAGUUUCGAUUAGCAGAUUGCCAGUCUGAUUGGAUUGAGAAUUGGGUAGAAGAUGCUUUCUGGAGGUUCUUGUUCUCUGUUAUUCUGCUUGUCAUUAUGUUUUUAUGGCGACCAUCUGCAAAUAACCAAAGGUAUGCUUUCACACCACUCAUUGAUGACACAGAUGAUGAGGAGAUUGAGGAGUUCAUUGCCUCUGCAAACAUCGCUGACGGAAUAAAGAUGAGAGCAUCUAAAGGUGAAGCAAAUGGUACAGCAAAGCCUGCAGAAACAAACCCAGAUGAAGACUUGAAGUGGGUGGAGGAUAACAUUCCUAGCUCUCUUACUGAUGUAGCUCUUCCAGUCCUGCUGGACUCAGAUGAGGAAAUCAUGACGACCAAGUAUGAGAUGUCCAAGCUGGAGUGAAGCGAAACAUUUCCAGCCGUUGGCUGACAUGAAGGGAGAAUGUAGCAGCUGCCCCUGACUCUGAAGCAGCGUUUUCGCUGGGAUUUCCUGCUGGAUGGUGCACGAGAGCCAUUUCAUUUUUCAGGGGAUGCUACUUCACAGGGUGGUGCAGGCAACAGUUCCAGGAGGACCUCUGCUAAUUUUACUCAUCUUUAUAUAUUCUACCAGAGAAAACAUUUCACUGACCAACAUGCUCACCAUCUCCUUCGUUUGAUCACUUCUGAUUUAUCCAAAGAGAUUUUCCUUUUAUAUAAACUGUAUAUUUAUUUCUUUUUAUAUACACAUGUUUUAUCAGAGAUCUGAAUUUGGGCCUCAUGCAUAAAAAUACUUUCAAACAGAUAAAAAGUCUUCUUGAGAAUACCUAGAUGUCAUUGAUGGGUUGUAAUAUCUUAGAGGAUUAUAUAUGACAAGCUAUAAAAUUGAAAAGACCCCUUUUCUUCAAUUAAUGAGUAAAAAUUAUUUAUUGAGGUUAUUUUUACAGCCAAAAGACAGAAUCUUUACUGCAGUGUGAUCAUCGCUUACCUUUUUAGUCAGGAUGUUUCUUUAUAUCUAUACACACAUAUAUCCAAAUAGAACCGACAUGUUUUCAGAAAUUGGGCUAAUAUUCAUUUGGCUGAUUGUGAGAAGCACAGUUUUUACCAGAAUGAAAAGUCAGGGAAAUGGAAACUUUCAAACUGAAACACUGGAACUCCGACUAGAUUUAUUUGCUCCUGUGCACUUUUUUUUUUUAAUCAAAGCUGUGCCUACAUGUUAGUCUUGUGCGAGGCCUAAUCCGUUCAGCUACUAGGAACUUUUUGAAUGAUGGUCUUUUCUUUUCUUUUUUUUACCACUAAAACAGUCUAAGAGAUGAUAUUGUGAUAAUCUGAGAAAGAUUUUUGUACAACUUGAGUUCAACAGGGUUAGUUCAGUCGUGUGGGAUUUGGGUUUACAGUUAUGUUUUGAUACUACUGUAUGGCUGUGGAUGGGCAGAUUUAUUGUCCUUUGAAAUAAACAGCAAUGUGCUGUACAUCUGAUGCAGAGUUAUUUCAUUAUUUAUUUGCAUUUCAAGUGUACUUUUAAGUUAAUGGGCGUUAACAGUUAUCUGUGUUUACUGUGUGUUUACAGUGAUUUCAUCUGCAAACUGCAGCUUAUGUUUUUUUUUUUUUUCAUUUUUCAAAGAAAAUCACUUUUGCAUUCAGAGUCACUUUAAUAA